AUCAAUUAACUCAUCCAUACUCAUCAGUUCAUCACAGAGAGAAAAGUUUGCACACAGCUAGCAUGGCGAACAAGCUGCAGCUCGCCAUCGCGUUCGUCGUCGUCGUCGUCGUCCUCGGCGCCAUGGCGGCAUCGGCGGCGGCGGCGGUGGCCCCCAUGCUGACGAUGCACAACCUGUGCCCGUACACGGUGUGGCCGAUCGUGUCGCCGGACAGUGGCUCGCCGCCCAUCGCCGACGGGAUACGGCUGGAGGGCCGCGGCGUCGGGCUGAGGUCGCUCAACCUCCCGGCGGGGUUCUGGUCGGGGCGCGUCGUGCCGCGCACAUGGUGCAGGGACGGCGGGCGGUGCGACACCGGGAACGCGCCGCCGGCGACGGUGGUGAGGCUGUCGUUCAACGGCGCCGGCGGGCUGGCGGAGUACAGCGUCAACCUCGGGGAAGGGUUCAACGUGCCGACGGUGGUGAGCCCGCACGCCAUCGGCGGCGGGAUGUGCCCGGCGCUGGGCUGCACGGCCGACCUCAACGCCGGGUGCGCGGCGGGGCAGCGCGUGUACGGCGGCGACACCGGCGGCGACGUCGUGGCGUGCAGGGGGCCGGCGAGCUACUUCAAGCAGCGGUGCCCGCUGACGAGGACGGGCGGGGGCGACGUGGAGCCCGUGCCGCAGCACUGCAUCUCCCCCGGCGAGAUCAAGCUCGUCUUCUGCCAGGCCGCCAUGGUCGCCGGCGAGCCGGAGCUCAUCCGCACCGUCGACGUCGCCGACAACUAGCUAGCCUAGCCGGCCGGUCCGUUAAUUAAUUACGUGUGUUUUAAUUAGUGCGUGUUUAACUAGUUAAUCAGAUCAUCAAGCAGUUAAAUAAUUAAUUAAUUACUCCGGUUGGCCCGCGCUAACUGCUAAUAAGUGCACAUGGAAUAACAAAGGCGGGGUACGUACAUAUGUACGUACCCUUAUGUUUGUACGUGCGCAUAUACGUGUUUUAAUUACUCUAGUAUUGUAUACAUACUUGUGUACGUACGUCUACAUCGUAUAUUCGUAUUGUGUUUUUGUGUAACUCGAUCUAGUAAUCCAACAGUAUGUAUCCGUCCAUAGUGAUAUUACCUACUACUACCUCUGCUUAUUAAUUAAUCUCAUCAUGACAAUAUAUCAACUUCUUUUCA